AUUAGUAAACAUUAUUGGAACAUUAUUUUCGUAUAUUUUCUUUAAAUUUUUGUUUUAAAAUUUGCAAUGUUUUCUCUACUAGAACGUUUCUCCCUGAAUGGAGUAUCCAUUUUCACUGUCGGCACACUGGUAGGAAUAUCAGUCGGUUAUUUGAUUGUGAAAAUACGCGGAAAAGCAGACGAUAAAAGGGAUGAGUACACAUAUCCAAGUACGUCCAAAAACUAUCGAAUGAUUUUGGGUGUUAGAACAGAUUUAAAAAUGCAGAAGGGUAAAGUAGCAGCUCAAUGUGCACAUGCAGGUGUGGCAGCUUACGUUAAGUGUCUGAAGAAAGCCCCAAAUGCUCUAGGAAAAUGGAUAAAAUAUGGUCAAGCAAAGAUUACAGUGAAAAUUGACAGUGAAGAGGAAAUGCUGGAAUUGGAGAGAGGUGCCAAGAAACUCGGUAUACUUUGCUGCAUAAUUCGCGACGCCGGUCACACUCAGGUGGAACCUGACAGUCGAACUGUGAUAGCCUUUGGUCCAGCGCCAAGGGAAUUGAUUGAUCAACUUACAGGACAUUUGAAAUUAUACUAGGCUUUAUUAUUUUUAAAUUAAAUUUUUUGAUUAAUACAACUUUAGGUGUCCAGUGAUUUUGUCCAAGACACUUUUCGGUGCAGGACCAAUAGC